AUGGCUCCAACAACCACCAGAGACUUGCCAGAGGCAACCGACCCCAAAGCCUUCGUCCAGCUCCAUGCAUUUGACACCGCAACAAUGAAGAGCAAUGCCGCUGUCGUGAUCAAAGGUCAUCGUGGGUCUGGCACGGCUAACUCCUGGAGACACUUGAUUGUGCACGAGCCAUCUGGAACGAAACUGUGGUUUGAUUUGGGAAUAUCAGAAGACUUAUCCCAGUAUCCCUCCUUUGUCCGAGACCAUCUUCACAAGAUGUUUGGUGUCAGCGCCGGCAAAAAUUCCAUCUUGGAUGAUCUCCAGUCUUUAGAUAUUGAUGCGAAAGCAAUCAAGUACAUCAUACCAAGUCACGCCCACUGGGACCACAUCUACCCAGUAGCCACGUACUUCCCGCAGGCCAAACUCCUCUGCGGCCCGGGAACUCUCCGCCUCACGGCAGAAUCCUGGCCCGAGCAUGCAAACAGCCACUUUGACGGCCGGAUCUGGAAUCCCCAAACCUCUGAGCUCCCAGUCGAGGAGCUUCCUGACCCGGCCACAGACCCAAGCUACUGGCAAAAGAUUGGACCGUUCGAUCACGGGCACGACUUCUUUGGCGAUGGGAGCUUCUGGUUGAUAAGAGCCCCGGGGCAUUGUCAGGGGAACUUGAUUGCGCUGGUGCGGACGAAGAACAAGGCUGGUGAGCGUAGGUGGGUGGUCCUUGCGGGAGAUGCGUCGCAUAGUUAUCAUUUGCUUCGGUAUCCUAACGCUCCGUUUGGGGAUGGCUUGCCUCUGAAUAAGUCGGGUACAAUGCAUGAAGAUCCUGAAGAGGCUCGCAAGGUGCUGCACAAGCUUUAUGCUGUCAAGGCUGCUUAUGAUGAUGAGUUGUUUGUGUGGCCUGCGCAUGUGGAUGCUCUGGAGGGCAUCUGGGAGUUCUAA